AUGGACAAGAUCCUCCGCCGGGUGCGCAUGGCUGAGCGCCAGGUCGCACGCCGGAACAAGGAGCGUGCGUUUCGCGAGUACAUGCAGGAGAAGCGCAAUCGCAGGAGAACGAGGGCGAAAUUGGCAGCAGAGGUCCGUCUCGACAUUGGCUAUGCCAUCGGACGCCGCCAUGAGGACCUCGAGAUGGGUCCCAUCACCCCCAACCGUGAUAUCAUGAAGGUCAACCGCUUCGGCAACUACUACGGCUCGAUCUCGACCAGCCGUGCCCUGCUGGACUUUCCGAUUACUGAGAAAGAGAGGGAAGCCCGCUGUGCCUGGGCUGGCGGUUCUAAGUACUUAUGUCUGGCUCCCGGCGACCGCGUUGUCAUUACCGAGGGGCACCUGAAGGGCCGCAUCACCACUAUCGAGAGCAUCGACCGCAACCUCAUGACCGUCGAGCUGGCUGCCGACUUCACUCUUGUCAACGCCACUGUCCCUGAAUAUGUCCGCGAGCCCGGCCAGAGCCCCGUCCAGCUCGUCAAGGCCCGUUUCCCCAUAUCUGCCAUCCGGCUGGUCCACCCGGUCGCUGACCCGGUUACGGGCGUGACCCGCGAUGUAAUCAUCCGGGAGCUCAAGCCAUUCGGCAUCGUCCACGACCGGGUCACCCGGAAGGUGACCUGGGCGCGGUUCGUGCCAGGGCAGAACAUUAAGAUCCCAUGGCCGAAGCUGGAGCCAAAGGAGAAGCCAGAGUACGCGGGUGACACGUUGCGCAUCGACAUGGAAGAGCGCACGUUCGUGCCGACGCUGCUGCGCCCGCCGAUGCCCGAGCAGGUGAUCGAUGAGCUGCGCAACCGCUACUCCAAGUUCCGCACCCGCCACACCGCCGAGUACAUCGCCGAAAAGGAGGCCGAGGAAGCCGAGAAGAAGGCCCGCAAGAAGGCCGCCGACGCCAUGCUCCUACCCAUCCAGGAGUACAACCGCCGCAUGCGCGAGCUGCGCCGUGCCCGUGGCCAGCCCGUCCUCACUGAGGGCAUGCUCGAGAAGAUUGGCCAGAUCAUUGCCCAAAACCUGGCCCGUCGCCAGGCUGCUGCUCGCCCUGCGCCCCAGCCGGCUCGCGUGGCCGGUGUUACUGCCCUUACUUCCAGCCAGGAGAAGAGGGACGAGAGCGUCGAGAAGCUCGAGAAGGCAGUCGAGCAGCUGUCGCUUGGUGGGGAUGCGGCGACACCAUCAACGCCAGAUCAGCCAACAACGUCGUCAUCAUAA